AUGGAAACAGUAACAAUUGCAUCAUAUACAUUAUUGCAAUCAAUCCCUUAUCUUCGAACUUCUAGAGGCCGAAUUAUUACCGUUUCCACUGGUGUUGCGACUUUUGCUGUCCAAAGUUGGGCCCCCUAUUGCACAUCAAAAGCUGCUCUGCAUAUGUUAACGAAAUGCAUUGCAGUUGAAGAACCAGAUAUAGUUUCUGUAUCAAUUCUUCCUGGUGUUGUUGAUACAACUAUGCAAGCCAACAUACGCGAAAAUGGAUUGACAGCACAAAUGAAACAAACUGAUUAUCAAAGAUAUAUAGAUCUUUAUGAGUCGAAGACAUUAGUUCAUCCUGAUGAUCCAGGUCGUGUAUUGGCUGCUUUAGUUGUAGGUGGUGCCACUCAAGAAAUGAGUGGAGAAUCAUAUAGAUAUAAUGAUUCUAAAUUAGCCCAUCUAUUAAAUAACAAAUGA